CCUCCUUUCACAGCGUCGCCAUCCUCAAUCCGCACUUCGUCAAGCAGCUCGGUCAAGAUAUUCUGGCACUCAGCUCCGCAGUUCAUCUGGCAAUAUCGUGCUCUCGAUGCGACCACUGGUGCUGCCAGCUGCGAGGUGGAGCCGCACACCAGACGAGCUGCGGGAGGAUCCAGCAGCAGUGUCAUCCAGGGCACCUCCUCCUUCAUAUCCAGACCACGUCCACUCGCCUUCUUUGCCCCCUUCCAAUGCAGCUGGUGGCUGGCCAACUCAGCCGCCUCCCACUCCAGCUCCGACCGUGCUGCCCAGCACGAAUGGCCCACUGAAACCAUGGCUGGGACUUCGAGCACGGCUCUUCCUCUCUUUACUAUCGCCAAGUCUGUUGGCCCUCAUCUUUGUUGGCGCAACGAUUCUGAUGGGAACGGACGAUGUGGAUGAUAAGGUCAACGCUGCUAAGCAGAGGUUGACUUCUGCAUGCGCAAGUGCAGAGGGCUCAGCAAGCGCCGCGAUGAGCUUGCCAAGAUAUCUGGCCGAUCGAGCCAAUGCCCAGACCGCAGAGUCCAUCGAAGCGACAGUACGAGGCGUUGGUCGCGUGCUUGAUCUUUCCUUGACUGCCAUUGAACGGCUGCUAGUCUUUCUCGUAGAUUCCUAUCGCUCCCUUUUCCUUUGCUUCAUCGAGCUGCUAGUGCGUGGCUCCUUGAGCUUGCUCAUCGCUGCCAUCACAGCGCUCAAUGAAGGUGUGCACGCGAUAGCAGGCGGUCUGAAGGAUGCGCUCCAGUCAUCAGUCUCCGGAGUCAACUCUUUUCUUAGUGCCACGCUCGGCGGGAUCAACGAUGUCAUUGGGGUGUUCGGACAACAUGUCAACGUGCCGACCAUUCAGCCGCCUGAUCUUGCCGCCCUUGACAAUGUCAGCCUGCCUACUUCCUUCGAUGAAGGAUUGCGUAGACUGAACAGUAGUCUGCCCACGCUGUCGGAGCUGAGAGCGAAAGUCGACGGGAUGAUCUCUGGGCCUUUUGAGCAGCUUAGAGCUGAAGUGAACACCACGGUGUCUGCUUUUCAAUUUGACAGGUCCCUAAUGCCACUGCCUGAGGCUCGCAUCGCUUCCUUCUGCGCGGACAUCGACAUGCAGCCGCUCGACGAUCUGGCUCAUGACCUUCGCAAACUCGCUUAUUGGGCGACAGCGAUUAUCGCCUUCAUUGCGCUGGCAUUUGCAUUGCUGACAAUGGCCAUGGAAUGGUGGUCUUGGCGAUCCCUGCGACGACACGUUGAGAAUACUCGAGAUGCUUGGAUUGCGGCAGACGGCUUUCCUUCGACGAUGUCUGGCAGCACAAACAGAGAUUCGAAGACGUCCACCCUGACAGGCUCUCCUGAAGCCGCAGCGCGAUACCGAGGCGUGCUGUCGACGCCGUCUUUAUUUUCUCUUCUCCAACUCUCGUCUCAUCCUUUGCUAUCGUUGCUGACCUUUCGUUUGGCUAAGCCGCUAGGGAUACGGUCCUCCGAAGCUAAAGCUCGUCUGAGAUGGUGGCUGGCGUGGAUCUCGCAUCCUAUUGCGGUAGCAGCUCUGAUCAUCGGCACUGUCGGCUUGGCAUCGAGUCAGCUCCAGAUCCUGGCGCUGCGGGGAGUGCAGGAACGUUACGAAGGGAAAAUUGACGGUUCAUUCACCACGAUGGGAGACAAAGUGCUCGCUCAGCUCAAUCGGGGCCUCACGGACGCAAGUCACGAUUUCGCAAAUCGCAGCAACGAGAUGAUCAUUGGAGCUCAGAAUGGUCUGAAUGACAAUUUAUUUGCUUGGGUCAACGCGACGACCUCGACCAUGAAUCAUACUCUCAACGAGAUGAUUGAGGGUAUAGCCGGGGCACUCAAUGACUCUUUCGCUUCGACACCGUUGUACACACCAGUACAGGGCUUUAUCGAUUGCGCCCUCCUUUCCAAGCUGAGGAGCAUUGAGCAAGCUCUGACCUGGCUGCAAACCAAUGCGCAUGUGGAGUUCGAACGAAUUUCACCCGACAUUCUCCAGCUCAGUCAUGCUCGCUCUGAUGAGCUUGUUGCACCGAUCAAGCAAGCCGCUCUUGGAUCGCAGCAAGACCACAACGACGGCGUGGUUGGAGGCAUUGUUAGCUCCUACAUCAAGCAUUUGCACCAUCAGCAGAUCCUCUACCUCGUCUUUGUGGGCUUGUAUUGCCUUGCGUGGAUCGCAGGCACCUGUAUCGUUCUGGCGCACUCCACCAAAGGCGUCGGCAGGAAUCACGCUUACCCGAAGAGCGGCAUCACGCCUUAUCCAUUCACUCUGCACGAACCUCCGUCUCCAGCGUAUGAGGAGCGUGCGGAUGAUCGAGAUGGCAGUGUGCGAGGCCACCACAGCAUCACUCCACCCUUGCAUCCAGAUGUUGUAGCGCAAUUGCAGAAUUCGCGGAGCGCUACUUGUGGCCCAGGCGAGCUGGCAGACGCGGGUGGGCAGUAUUGGCGACGAGAUCAGUCGCAUCAACCAAGCGCACUCGAUUCUUUACGUGCCAUGGUUCUUGCAGAGAUCACCAUCGGAUGCGCCAAGAACGACGGCGAGCAAGCAAAGUGUCAACUCUAUCUUGUCGUAUCUUCGACCAGAGGAAGAAGCGCGAGUCGUCUGUGGCGCACGGAGCCCAUCAAAUUACUCCAUUGAGAGCGGACCUGCCUGCAGCACCCGUGCGCAUCCUGAACGAGACCCGAAAGGCGUGACUCGAAGAAUCAGCGACAUCUUUGUCAAGGGCCUACAAUGGUGGUUCAGUGCGCCAGAAGCAAAGCAGGAGAACGACGAAGCUGCGCGUUGUGUAGGCG